GUGGACAUUUUUUUUUAGCGAGACGGAGCAAGGUGUUCAUGCAGAAUAGAUGAUAAGAAACUUGCUGAGCAGUUUUAAAUAGCAAAUGGCCGAGGAAGAUCCCGUCGAGAAAGCAGACCCCGAGGCGGAUGCGCCGCAAACGCGGCGUGGAUCGACGGAAUCUGUAGACGCAGGGUCGGUCACAUCGGCAGCCGUCCGAAGAGUAUUGGAUUUUCGUAGAAAUAGUGAUUGCAUGAUUAAUUUUUCUGAAGAUCGCAUAGCGAUUCAUUCCAUUGCAGCUUCCGUCAAAAAAAGCAGAUCCGCUUUCGACGCUCUCUUUUCAGGUGAUCGACAUCAUUCUUCGAGACGCCGUUGCGCAGGGAGAGCAGGUAGAAGAAGAGGCUGGCAACAAUGCGGACCCGAAGGCGAGCAGUGAGAAUGCGAGUGUGCUGGGAGCAGACGGAGAGCGCGCGGAUGUUGGCGACACAGCCACGGACGCAACCCCCAAGAAAAUCAAUGGAUUAUCGCCGGCAGAUAUCGAAGCAGAGUUUCUUGCGUUCUGGCGCGCACGAGAAGCGGGCACGCUGGGGAGCAGCCCGCAGGCGAAGUAUUCGCAUAUAAAGAUAUGAUUUUUACCACCAGGAGAGAUUUUUUCGUACAUGAGAUAAAGCUAGCUGGCAAGCUUUAUCACAAAUUAUCUCCCCACCCGAAACCGAAACAGGCAGCCCGACGCCGGGUCAAGCACCGGGAAGAAAACGCCGGUCGAACAACAGCAGACGGCUCUCCCGAUGUCCUCGCUGCAAAUCGACCAUCCGGACCUCCUCGGAAUAGAGAUCGCCCCGCCCGCCGUGACGAGCCCGAGUCUACGCUACGGCCCCGCACGCUACCCCUCCAACGCGCCCGCGACCCACGCGGCGCCGGACCGGUAUGUGCGCAACCCGGCUUAUCUCUCCGCGCAGGGCUUCCUCGACGGCCUGAUCAAGAUCUGCAAGGAGUGGCAGCAGAUCCACGCCCCGGACACGACGACCACCAGCACGGCUUCCACGUCGACAAAAGCGACGCUGAACAGUGCCUUCAGCGCCGCCGCCGCGGACCGCGACGGGGUGUCCCAGACAGACCUGACGGCGGUCCAGCAGAUUCAGCAGACGCUGUCCCGCAGGCUGCUGCAGCUGACGUUUGCCAGCGUGGACAAGGAGAGCUGCAUCAGUCCGCGAGCCGCCACCGCAAGCCGGGAGUACAAAGUCGUUCCGGCCUCGGUGUCGCGGACAAUGCCCCCACUGCCCGUGGACAAGGACAUCGUUUUUCCGACGCCGGAAUUCGCAACUGCGGUGGUGCGCCGCGCGAUCAAAAAAGUGGAUGCCAGAGCCAGUCACGCGGUGCGCCGGGCGUUGCAGGAAAUUUUUCAGUAAACAGUUAGUUUUACAUGAGCGCCGCAGCUUUUUGAUCUGUUUCCAACUUUACCUUUUUCAGAAUGCGCUUGUUAGGAAAGGUAGUUAGUAAAUGGUGUUUGCUGUUGCUCUUUUACUUUCUAGGUUCUCGUCAUUUUAAAUGCGAACAAAAAACCUAGCUAUUUCGCGCGCGCGGACGCAGAGAGCACGACGAGUACUAGUGGGAAAAUACAGUGGGUUUCCGUGUACCAGUGGCAUCUGUUCGUGCAGAGUUUUGGUUUGCUCGAGGUCACUCAGGAGCCCGCGGAUAAUUUCCACGAAAAGUUUGGGCCGAGAAAGGAGCCCAUUGACUUCCUCUACUUCACGGAGCUCCUGUCCGAGGUGGCUAUCGCGUUUCUCGAAAAGGUGAACUACCCCCUCACCAUCGCGCAGCUCAACAUUGGCCAAGACCACGCGGAUCGGGUGGCGGCACUGUACCGGUUCUGCGAAGUCUGGGGUCUGCAGAAGGACGGGGACCUCGACUGGAGAAAAUUUCUCCGUGGGCGGGAGCGGAUUCGCCUCCGCAGCCCCACCGGCGCCCGGUCGCCAACGAUGGUGGUCGUGUCACCAACGCAAGCAAGGCUCCAAUCCCAAGCGCUGUCCCCAAGCAGGUACGAAUUGAUGUGGAUUUUAUUUCGCAGGAGGUUGUGCUCACGAUGCACGAUGGACAGGACAGGUUUCUGUUUGCGAAACACAUCCUAGACGUCGAUCUUGAUUUUCAUCAUACACGCAACUUUUCUAGGGUCCGACUGCUGAGCGGGAAGCAACCCACCCGGCCCGCGGCGCAGCGGUCCGCGCGCAGCAUGCUGAGUCCGAACGCGAGGAGCGUGCAGUCGCAGCCCAUGUUUCACCCUUUGAUGGAAAACAAGUUUGUCGCGGAGCAGGAUGUGCCUCAAGCCACCUUCGACCAUUCCACUGUGAUCAAAACACUGCUGCAAGAACGGGAGGACGCGUUUAAGCGCGAGGCGAGUUUGCUGAAAGAUCACCAGUACUACCAGCAGCUGCUGCAGGCCAAUCCACCAGUACUCGGUGCGUCUGCUUUGCAGGAGGCGCAAUCUGGGGCGCAGGUGCCGACCGGCAGUCUGUCGCUGAAGCAGCAGAAACCGGCAAUCACCGGCGCUUUCGAGCAAGCACAAUCGCAGCGCGGCUCCUUCGCGACGUCAAAGCUGCCAUCCUUGCGGAAGCAAAGCGCGACGGCCAGACCUGCGGUUGUGAUUAGCCCGAGAAGUAGUGCUGCUGCAGUUACAAGACAAAGUCGCAGUGCGGCCACAGCAAGCACCGGUCUGGGAAAUGUGCGGCCCGGAGCGGCUGCGGCUAGCAAGGCGGAUCUUCCGACGCGCAGCGCAACAACGGCGGGAGCUGUCCACCCCGAGGGAUACAGCAGUAGAAAAAGCAAAACCGCGAGCGCCCCCGACACGGCGUUGGUAGAAGGCGAAGGUGGAACCACUGCAGGAGCUCUCGCGGAAGAGGUGGAGUACACCGCCGAAGAGUGGGCUGCGUGGGAGUGGGAGCAGUACGGAGCGGUAGCCGCGGCGGCGGGCGGACAAGAAUGGGACGCUACGGAGCACUGGGACGAAGAAAACGCGGAGGGUAACUGGGAGGGAGCAGGUGCGGAGGACUGGAACGCGGAGUGGGGUGGUGCGGCCGAAACAAACUGGGACGAAAACGCCGCCGAGUACUGGCAAGAGGGUGCUGCGGAAACCGCCUGGGGCGCGGAAGGCGUGUGGGGUGAAGAGUGGGCGGGUGAGGAAGCGGAGUGGGCGGAGGGCGGUCAAGCGGAGGACGCGGCGGGUGAACAAGAGUGGUGGGCCGAAGAGCAGUGA